AAGUGUUACGACAUAGAAAAAAAUGACCAAAGGCUUAAACUCUCACUCACCGAGUCUUCUUCUCAGUUUCGCCUCUUCAUGUUAUACGGUGCUUUUCUUCAUGGCCCACACCGGACAAACUUCUCAUUGUUGUCGUCCAUGGCCACCGGAUUUAAAUCUUCCGGGUCUCGAUUUGGGUUUCAGUUUGAUUUGGGGCUUCUCUUCUUCGUCUCCGUUUCUGUAUCAAUGGCUACUUUCCUCAACCUAAACGCUUAUGAUGCACCGAAGAAGCUCGAUGAGCAUCUCCUCAGUCACCUUGUAUCACCUUAUACCAUAGUUCCAAGGAUUAUACUUUUUUUUGCUACCCUUUCGAUUGUGAACCUGGGUCAAUACUCUCCAUAGAAGGCUCUCUGGACUAAAUAAAAUAAAGGAGUCAGGUUCUAGGAAGCUAUACUCCUCGAGUUCAAAGCAAAGGAAGGAGUCAGGUUUACCAUGAGCAACAAGCUGCUCCACAGCUAUAUCACUGGCAUAUUAGGCAUCCAGAGAGUCACAGCCACGUCCAAUAAUUUUUCAUCAGAGUUCUCCAUACCAGUCAUAACACGCAUCCUUGACUUCACAGAAUCGCAAGGUUGUGACAUUUCCAUCCAAAAAUCCUAACACACAGGACCAUGUGCAUCUUGAUAACUUUAGGUUCUGCUUUUUGUUCUCUUUUCGGGUUAAUUUUGUUUUGUUCGUCUACUUGUAUGAUGCUUAACCAUCUCUGUGAUGUUUGACAAUUUAGAUUUUUUCUUUAUAUCUACUUUACAUUAUUAAUGUUUGUUAACACAAUUGUAAAGAGUUUGAUUUUAUUAUAUUUAGUUUUCCUCACUAA